GUUGAGCUUUGUAUACAUUAGAAAAAAAAUAACCGAAAUUCCAUAUUAAUCGAUCCAAAGAAGCUGAGUUAGCUGACUACAGACUGAACUUAUCUCAUGGCGGCAAAACUGAUAUUGUACUCAGAAUCCCACUCUUCACCCUGUAAAAUCCUCUCUACUAACCGCUUCAAUCUUCUACCCCGCAUAGCCAUUCUCCAUCUUCCUCUCCAAGGAACCCGUUCUCCCAUCCUUCGAGCUUCCAGAGCUUUUUCCUCUCCAUAUCGGAGUCCACGUCGCGGCGGCCAGCCAGAUAUAGUAACAGGUGACUAUGACGUUGACGAGGAUGACGAUGAUGAGGAUGAAGAAGAAGAAGAAGAUCGAAGUUUAGAUCUUUUGGUAAAACUCGUUCAGAAUGUUUUCAGAAACGUCUCGAGGAAAGCUAGGAAAGCCGUUCGAUCUGUUUUGCCGGUCUCCUUUCCUAGCCAAUUGGUUGGGUUUUCUGUUAAUGGUCUCGUAAUCCUGACAUUUUUAUGGGUUCUGAAGGCCUUUCUCGAGGUAAUAUGCACCCUUGGGAGUGUGGUAUUUGCAAGUAUCUUACUCAUCCGUGGAACGUGGAUGUGCAUAAUGUACUUGCAAGGCAGAAGCAAUUACCGGAUAGAUGAGGGUGACGAUGAACAUAAUGCAUGGUCGGGAGCACAACCUGCCAACUAAUUGCAACAUGAGAUCUUCUACUCCAAAGUUUAUGUCCCCAAAAAACUUACAUUUGUCCCUAGGAGAUAGUCUUAUUUGAUUAAAACAAGUGAAUUUUCAUUAUAUUUUAUGUAUUUUUUCAAAAAAGCUUCACAGAAAUGCUGCUUAUGUUAAGUUGAGUUAAACCAACAAUUAAGUUAAAAAAUAUAUGUAAAGUUGAUGAUUUCCAAUCAUUGUUCCUUACUGAAAUUAAAAGGUUGGACUGUUGGGAAACAACCUUUUUGGUGAUGGAGCUAGUAUUUUAUAUGGAGUAUGAUACUUUAAGGGUCCGUUUGUUAUGAUGUAAAGUAAACACUUUGUUUUAACUAUUUAAUGUAAACUGUAGGACACUUUUUU